CCGCGGCCGGCGAGCCGGGGCGAGUCUGGGGGUUCCAGCCCCACGCUGGCGCCGGCGAUCGUAGCCCCUCAGCAAACUGAAGGCGAGGCCGCGAGGUGACCGCGCAACGCGGACCCCUCCAGCUGCCACGGCCGGAGUAAAACAAAAGAGAAUGAAAGAAGUAGAUAAUCUUGAAAGUGUAAAAGAAAAAUGGGUGUGUGCAGCAGGAACUGACAACCAGCCUCUUCGAGGUAAUCAGCAGACAAGUUGUGAAUAUCUUGUUGACAGCCUUUUCGAGGAAGCACAGAAGGCUGGUGCCAAAUGCUUGUCUCCCACUGAGCAGAAGAAACAGGUAGAUAUAAAUAUAAAAUUAUGGAAAAAUGGAUUCACUGUCAAUGAUGAUUUCAGAAGUUACUCUGACAGUGCAAGUCAGCAGUUUCUGAACUCCAUCAAAAAAGGGGAACUACCUUUAGAAUUACAGGGGAUUUUUGACAAAGAGGAGGUGGAUGUUAAAGUAGAAGAUAAGAAGGAUGAAGUAUGUGUGGCAACAAAGCCUGUGUUCCAGCCCUUCUCUGGACAGGGUCACAGACUGGGAAGUGCCACACCAAAAAUUGUUUCCAAGGCAAAUAAUAUUGAAGUUGAAAAUAAAAAUGAUUUGUCUCUUGUCCCACUAAACGACCUGGAACCCAUCACUAAUAUACAGAUCUGGCUAGCCAACGGGAAAAGGAUUGUCCAGAAAUUUAAUAUUUCCCAUAGGAUAAGUCACAUCAAAGACUUCAUUGAGAAAUACCAAGGACCUCACAGAAGCGCCCCUUUUGCCCUGGCAACCGCUUCCCCUUUCCUCAGGUUGCUAGAUGAAUCACUCACACUGGAAGAAGCAGACUUACAGAACGCUGUGAUCGUUCAGAGGCUCCAAAAAAGCACUGAACCUGUUAGAGAACUUUCAUAACACUGAUUUUUGAUACACUCAGUGAAAAGUUUGCAAAGAAGUGAUGGCUGUGAGUGGACAUGGAAACCAAAAUAGGAGAAAGGAAAAGCCAGAUAGGUUGGACUUUGGCUCAAGUAGUAUUUAACGUCCUCCUGCCGAGAGGACCUUUACAUAAGUCCACAGUAGGAAAGUAAAAUAUGACUAGAAACUAGAGUCAGUGCACUUUUCCCAAUAAGCUGCUCAGCAAGAGAAAUUCACUUCCUUUCAAAUACCACUUAACAUAAGAUAUACUUAAUAAGUGUAUAAUUUAGAAUCUUCAUAUGGUAAAAACUAGAAGAUAUGUUCACAGUAUCAAACAUCAUUCCCAAGCAGCAGUGACUUAUUUAAAUGUUAACUGUUUCAGAUUUCAAAAAUAGCAAUACAUUUAAAAUUUUAACAUGGCAGGUUAAGAGCAUCAGUGUGAUUAUUUUAUAACUAGGAUGCGAUCAAAAGACUAAAUGGAAGGAACUGAUUUCGCUAGUUACACCUAAUCCUCAAAGUUCUCAAUUUACUUUCUCUAAUGACAGUGUAUACACAGAUAUUAAUGUGGAGGUAAUACCUGAGCUAUAUUUUUCAUGUGUAAGAAUAAGCUGUGUCACUUUAGUAUACGUUACUAAGCGUAUUUUUGAAAUAUGCUUAGUAUUUCAUUUUUGAAAAGUAAGGAUUUUUUUUUAUAUUCUAUUCGUCCCAUCACCUAUUGUACUUUCAGAAAUCAGGGAUCUACUCUUUUGCUAAUAUUUGGAGUGAACCAUUUGGCACCACUCAAAAUCCAAUGCUAUGUUUUCACAUUACUAAUUAAUACUUUCAGGGUGCCUCUCGUGAAGUCUUAUUUUUCUGUUCCACAUCAGAGUCGACCUGUGUAUACUUGAAAGGGAUAUUUAUUACAUUCUCAUACCACUAAGGAAAAUAUGCUUUGUAUCAUAGACUUUGAACUAAAAGACAUAAUUAUUUCACUGUCAGAUGAAAUCCCCCUGCCUGAAAAUCAGUUUAAAAGAGUUUUUGCAAGUGAUGUAUUAACUCAACUUGAAAGCCACAUACAUAAUGAGCACACCCAGGACUAAUGGCCGUGGGUGUCUGGUAGAAAGAGCAAUUCUCAGACCUUCUGGUCUCAAGACCUUGUGUUUAUAUAGGUUGUAUGCAUAUAUUAUAUUUUAAAAUAAGUUACAAAAUUUCUACUUGUUUAAAAAAACACAUCUUAAUAUAAAUAACAUUUUUAUGAAAGUUAUUUUUCAAAACAAAAAGGACUUAGUGAGAGAAGUAUUAGAGUUUUUGGGAAAUACCCUUUACUGUAGAUUUAAGGAAGACAGAUGGUAUCUCAUUUUUCUGCUUCUACAUCAAUCUGUCGCCAUAUCAAACAUCUAGCCUCUGAAAAUGCUGCUGUAUGUCCAUAAAAAAAAAAGAUAACAUUUUAGUAUGGUAUGACAAGAGUUGACCUUGCAGAUUCUCUGUCCGAUAAAACAGUGAUUCCCAGGCCCUCACAAAAGAAUCACUUUGCAAAGCUUUUCAACACGCCUAUUCCUGCCACCACUGCACAUUUCUAGCUCAUUUUUUUCUGAGGUGGGUCCCAGACCUCUGCACUUUUUAAUCUUACACGAUUCAUACUUGAGGCACUGGUAGAAGGGCCAGCCUUCAGGGAAUCCUGCACUGAGUUUUCACCCUCAGAUAAUAAAACCAACACCCUUCACCAUGGGAAGUGGGAGACUGCUCACUGAAACGGGCUGUCAUAAGUGUAACUGAGACAAGACUGGGACAUUUAAGUUAAGUUUUGCUAGACUCAGGAAUAACAAAAGGGAAACAAAGACUUGAACGCAUGACCCGUUCUAAGAUCCGUGGUCUUUUGGAGGUCCAUUUUAAUAUGCUUCAAUUCACAGCUCUCAGACUUACACAGUAGAGGUCUGUCUCUUUAUUAGAAAGAGAGGGAGGAUGACAGGUUUGUAAUAGAGAAUAAAUAUUUAUUGUUAGUAGCUUUUGUGACUCCCUCUCUAGUGAAAUGAAAGUAAUGACAUUCUUUUAAAAAAUGAGGAGGUAGUAAAAUUGGCGGACUUCUUUUUCAACAAGAAAAUAACAUAAUAUAUUUCAAGAAUAUAAUAAAACAUUUCAUCUAGGUCUAUCAUGAGGCAUUUUAUAAUUUCUUUUGCAUAAAUAUAGUCAAGUAGGUGAUUCUUUAUAUAUUUCUAUAUAGGACCUCUCUUGGGAAAUAUUUUUCUAGUACCUAUAGAAAACCCUCUUUCAUUGAUUCUCCAGCUUACAAUCAUUAAUAACAGUAAGACACAUUAGAGGUUUUCUUGUACAUGAGCAAUAUAUCCCACUGAGAAGUUCCUGUAAGGAAGACCUGUCAUCAGCAAUAGCUGUCACUGUGAAAACUCUCAUUAAUGUGACUGAUAUUUUCUAAGGUUUUCCAAAAUGGAAAUCAUCCUAUAAAGCUUUUUAUUUGAAAGUUUAAAAUUAGCAAAGUUGUUAAUUAAAUGUGUAGAAUACUCAAUAUGUUGGCUUUAGGAAAAAAAAAAACCUGAACUUGGCAAGGCAAACUUGAAAAUGAGCGAGUAUCUUAGACAUGGAAUACAAAUUGUCUUAAGCUUUAUUUCAAAACAUCAAUUUCUUGAAAAAUUGUUAGGGUUGAUAUUUCUAAUUUUACAGACUAUUUGUUGAAAUGCUAUGUAUCAUCAAGGUUAUAAAAUCGAUCUUAUUUUAUGUACUCUCAGAAUAUUCAUUACACUGUAUGGUGUUGAUGGUAUAGUAUGUAUGCAUCUAAUUCAGUGCCUUAAAAAUAUUUUGAGAGAGAUAUUUUGCUAAUGGCUCAAGAAUUGUUCUCUUAAGGAUGAAAUACUAUUAAAAGGAUCUGUGAAAUAUUUUACAUUUGUUUGUUAUAAAACAGCAUUACAUUUGGAUGCGUUUGUCAUUUUUGUUGGGCAAACAUUAGGUGCCUUCUGUCUACCAUAUACUUUAACCAAUGUUGCUUCCAUUUAAGUCCCAGGAAUAUUCAAAUGUUAUAUGUUCAGAUGAUUUUUAAAUUUUUUUAACUAUCCUUUGUGUCCUUAGCUGAACUAGAACAGAGACUUCUUAGUGGGGUUCACUCUUUUGUUCUCUUUCUAAAUACAAACUCUUUAAGCAACUGCUCAUCACACUAUAUCUUCAAAUCAAGUGGCUUAUUCAGUAGAGUAAUAUUUGGCUGUUUUAAAAUUUUGUGUGUGUAAAUAAUCCUUAGUCUUGUAGAAAAUUACAAAAUGCAACUAUGCUAAGAUGAUCAUGAUCAAUGUCUAUUCCACCAUUCACAGAUAACCACUGAUGUAAAUCCUUUCAAAUAUUUUUAAGUGUAUCAGUCUCUAGUCCUGUUUUAAUUAAAAGACAGGCUUGGUUACUGUAAUCCUUUUUUUUUUUUUCUAUUGAAAUCUAAAGCUAUCACUUUAAAUAGAAUAGUCACUAUUUGGAACAAAAGGGUUUUUUGUUCAUUACAUUUCAGCACCACCACCCCCAAAAUUGGAGGGUUUUCUUUUUAAAAUAAUCAUCCUUUCAAAAACAA